AUGAAGACACUAAUAUUAACCCUCGUCUUUCUCCUACAAUGUGCUUUCAGUUUCAGCCUCCAUUUCCACCCACUCGAUCCCUUAACUCCUCAAGAAAUCAAUAAAACAAGCUUCAUCGUCAAGAAAUCUCAGCUAGGCAACCUCAAAGACCUCACAUUUCACUACCUCGAUCUCGAAGAACCGAACAAGAGCCACGUCCUCCAAUGGCUAUCCUCCAAGAAACCACCACACCCACCACGUCGUCGCUCACUCGUAGUGGUUCGAGCCGGUGGCCAAACCCACGAGCUCAUCGUCGACCUAACCACUAGCAAAAUCGCAUCUUCCCGCAUCUACACAGGCCAUGGCUUCCCUCCGUUCACAUUCGUAGAGCUUUUCAAAGCAAGCAAGCUUCCUCUGACUUACCCUUCCUUCAUGAAAUCGAUUCUUGAUCGGUCCCUAAACAUCUCCGAGGUUUCUUGCAUCCCUUUCACCGUCGGUUGGUACGGAGAAACCAUCACGAGACGUGAGGUCAAAGCCUCAUGCUUUUACAGAGACGGAUCGGUCAACGUUUUCACAAGACCCAUCGAAGGAAUCACAAUAACCAUAGACGUUGACUCAAUGCGAGUCGUGAAAUACUCUGAUAGAUUCCGAAAGCCUCUCCCUGAUUCAGAAGGUAACGACUUUCGGACCAAACACAAACCUUUCCCUUUCUCUUGCAACGUCUCCGACACAGGCUUCAAGAUUCUCGGCAAUAAAAUCAAAUGGGGUAACUGGAAAUUCCACGUCGGAUUUAGCGCUAGAGCGGGAGUCACCAUAUCGACGGCUUCGGUUCUUGAUCCGAGAACCAAAAGGUUCAGACGAGUAAUGUACAGAGGACACGUGUCAGAGACUUUUGUCCCGUACAUGGACCCAACCUACGAAUGGUACUAUCGUACGUUCAUGGACAUCGGAGAGUUUGGUUUCGGGAUAUCCGCCGUUAAUCUUCAGCCACUCGUCGACUGCCCGCAAAACGCGGCGUUUUUGGAUGGGCACGUGGCGGGACCUGAUGGGACAGCUCAGAGGAUGAGCAAUGUGAUGUGUGUCUUUGAGAAAAACGGUUAUGGUGCUGCUUAUAGACACACCGAGAUUAAUGUUCCAGGACAAGUGAUAACUAGUGGUGAAGCUGAUAUAAGUUUAGUGGUUAGAAUGGUGGCAACACUCGGAAACUAUGAUUACAUCGUUGAUUGGGAAUUUAAAAAGAAUGGAGCCAUCAGAGUUGGGGUGGAUUUGACCGGAGUUUUGGAGGUUAAAGCGACGUCGUACACUUCGAAUGAGCAGAUAACAGAGAGCGUGUACGGGACACUGGUGGCGAAAAACACCAUCGCCAUUAACCACGACCAUUACCUAACGUACUACUUAGAUCUCGACAUUGACGGUAACAGCAAUUCGUUAGUGAAAGCCAAACUAAAAACAGUUAGAGUAACGGACGUUAAUAACAAAACGUCUUCACCGAGGAAGAGUUAUUGGACGGUCGUGAAAGAGACGGCGAAAACUGAAGUUGACGGUAGAGUUCGACUCGGCUCAGAACCGGUUGAGCUGUUAAUAGUCAACCCACAAAAAAAGACUAAAAUAGGAAAUACGGUUGGUUACCGGCUGAUACCGGAACAUUUACCGGUCACUUCGCUUUUGGCGGAGGAUGAUUACCCGGAGAUAAGAGCGUCUUAUACAAAGUACCCGGUUUGGGUGACCGCUUAUAACCGGUCAGAGCGAUGGGCCGGUGGGUUUUACAGUGAUAGGAGCCGUGGCGAUGAUGGUUUAGCUGUUUGGAGUAACAGAAACAGAGAGAUAGAGAACAAAGACAUAGUGAUGUGGUACAAUGUUGGGUUUCAUCACAUUCCGUACCAAGAAGACUUUCCGGUUAUGCCAACUCUUCACGGUGGAUUUACUCUUCGACCUUCUAAUUUUUUCGACAACGAUCCUCUGAUCGGAUAA